CUGCAACUGCACAAACACCUUCAGCUCUUCAGACAGAUCUUCAGCAGUCAUGCAUUUUUCUUUUCACUGUGUGUUACUGUGUGUUUCUAUCACACUCUGUGUUUGCUACGAUUCUCAGGAGAGUCGUGAGUCAUUUGAGGAUGUGUUUGUCAAUCGAUAUCGAGCAAAUGCAUUCAUGAACCACCCACGAGAAGGCAGAUACAACCAAUAUUUCUACAAUAGAAAGUCUCCGGCUGAGCAGAAGGCCGAGAUCUGUGAAGAUUUCUCCCCCUGCCGUCUGUUCGCUCACCAUUACGGUUUCCCACUCGCCUAUCAGAAGUAUUUCGGUGGUCUGCAACUGAACCCGAACAGACAUCACAAUAACUUUAACCUCAGGAGAUACUAAGACCCGCCUUCUUAUUUACAUUUAACAGAUUCAUUUAACUAAUCACAUACAUAUGAAACUCAACCCCUUUACAACAUAAAGUAUAUUCUCUCUGUGUCGCUGCCAUGUUGCUAACAUUCACUUGCUGACUGAUGAAGGGCCAGUUAGCCCAGAUAUUUACAUAUUAUUAACAAUGAACAGUUAUUCAAAGUGCAAUCUGUAUUUCUGUUUUACUUCAACAAGUUUGUGGUUGGAAAAGAAAGAGUUGCCAGAAUAAUUGUGGCAGCGGGGGCGUGGUCAAGCGCCCGUCCGGGAGAGGAAAGCGGUAAGGGCGCUUACACCUGAGCUAAAUUAUGCCUAAACACCUGUCUCUAAUUCCAGUGAGCACGAGGAGAGCGGCAUAAAAACAGACACAGAGCCUCCAGACGGGGAGAGAGACCACAAGCAGACCCAGUGUUUGUCAUUUGUAUUGUGUGUGCAAAUAGUGUGAGGAAAAUAUAAAUAAAAAGACUUACCUUGAGAGGAAGACCUGUUUCCUGUCCUCCUUCACUAGAGACAGGUGUUUAGGCAUAAUUUAGCUCAGGUGU